CAUAACACAAUGACGUUAAACAGGACCCAUUACGUUAACAGGCAAAAUGGCAGCCUCUGGUAGUAAGUCUGUCCUGUUCGUUUGUCUGGGUAACAUUUGCAGGUCACCCAUUGCGGAGGCUGUCUUCAGGAAGAUGGCAACCGAUGCAGGUGUUGUUGACAAGUGGCACAUAGACAGCGGCGCCACAUCCGACUGGAAUAUAGGCAGCCUGCCGGACGCCCGCGGGCUGGCCUGCUUAAAGGGCCGUGGCAUUGAGACCACUCAUAGGGCCAGACAGGUGACCAACGGCGACUUCAUGAACUUUGAUUUUAUUCUCUGCAUGGACGAAAGCAAUUUGAGAGACUUGAAUCAUAAAGCCAAUUCAGUGAAGAAUCUCAAAGCAAAAAUCGAACUGCUCGGUAAAUAUGACCCGCAGAAGCAGCUGAUCAUCAAGGAUCCCUAUUAUGGAAGCGAUGAAGACUUUGAAAAGGUGUACGAACAAUGUCGACGAUGCUGCAAGGCGUUCCUCGAGUCAAACUCGUAGCGUUGUCGCGGGCCAAUUGCCUGUCGGUAAGGCAUUCUUUGGCCACGUCGCAACCGUCACGUAAUGUCGUGAAAAGUACCAUCGGAACGCUUCCAAGCUUUGUGCUGCGCUCGUCCUGACCACAUUGUUGACUUGAAAAACAAUGCCUGUGUUGAAAUAAAACAAUUGAAAUCAC